AUCAAGAAUUCGUUAAUUCAAUUAUCCACAUAUGGAACCCAUUGCCGUGGAUAAGGGUCCCUCUAAAUUUCUAGAUGGGGUCUUGGCAAAAAUUUAAGUAUAACGUGCCUUACAUCAUUCAAUCAAGUCUAUGUGAAAUAGUUCAUUUUUGAACUAUAUCGAUCCAGCUCCUUUAGGAACAUCAUUAUAGCAGAUAUUGCAACUCAUACACCAAAACAUCUCAUCAUAUAGUUUACAAUAUGUUUAUAUAAUACCGGUAGCGAAACCCGACGCCAUACCCAUUUAAGAUUAAACACCCAGGUCGAUGGGCCAUCAAGACUCUGCACUGCCCCAAAGGCAAAGGCAAGGGCAUAGACGAGAACACCAGCAGAGGCGACAACAGAAGAACUCUCGCCGUUACUAUACACUUAUCAUCAUCGCCAUACUAAGCAUCAUAUUCCUCUGCUACACACGCUCCUCCUCACACCAACCCUCUCCCUCCGUAUCCCCAACAUCACCACCAGUCAACAUGGCAUCCACCCUAACAACCCCAACCCUCAUAUUCCCCUUCCCUAAAUCCCACCUCCCCAAACCCCACGGCGGCCACUCCGCGCCGCUAAUAAUAAUAAUAGGCGACGUCCACGGACAAUCCACCGCCCUAGACGCCCUCCUAUCCGCCACAAGCUACUCCAAGGACCGCGGCGACGUCGUGAUAUUCGCAGGUGACAUGGUGAAUAAAGGACCCGACAGCCCCGGCGUAGUCUCACGCGCGAUGGAAAUGGGUGCAUGGGGUGUACGUGGGAAUAACGAAGACCGCGUAUUAAGUGCUUGGGCGCGGUAUUUAUCUUCGAGUCCUGGGUCUAAGACUAGGGCGGAGAAAGAAGCUGCGGAAGUAGGUGUGGAAGGGAAAGGUGAAAUCAAGGAUACGCCGAAGGAAGAUAAGAGUGAAGAGGGGACAGGGGAAACAGAAAUCGACGAAGCAAAAGCAAAAGCAAAAGCCGAAAAAGAAAAACGCUCCAAAGCCGCCGACCUAGCCACCGCAACAAGUCUCACCGCCGCGCAGAUAUCUUGGCUCGCCAACCUCCCCGUGAUCCUGCAUCUCGGGCAUAUAUCGCCGUAUUACGGCGAUGUACUCGUCGCCCACGCUGGUUUGGUACCUAACGUCCCACUCGAAGAGCAGGAUGCCUGGGCUGUGAUGAAUAUGCGAACGCUCGUUCCCUACUCCCACUCUUCGCCAAAUCAGCCUUUGAAACCGCUAGAAGGCCGCGACGGCCGGCCGUGGUCUGAGGCUUGGGAUGAACUACAGCGGGAGAAAAGGGGCAACAAAACGACGAUAGUAUAUGGCCAUGAUGCGAUGAUGGGUCUUACCAUACGGCGAUAUACAUUUGGCCUCGAUAGCAAUUGCGCGCGUGGCUUCUCUUUAUCAGCGCUUGUCUUCGAGCCGACGUCACCUUCUACCUCCUUCUCUUCUACUCCGCCCUCAGCUGAUGGUAGGGCGUUAGAUAUCAGUGAAGAGGAGAAGCGGAAAGCGGCAGAGUACGGUAUAGUACAUAAGGUUGUUAGUGUACCUUGCGGAAGCGGCGAUAGUGAGAAAGAGGGUAAGAAGGAUAAGAAAAAAGAUAAGGCGAAGAACGAGGAAGAGAAAUAGAAGUGAAGGACAUUUUAUAGAUUCUAAGUAACUACGUGGGUAUAUUUAGAUAGAACGGGGAGACGAUGCAUAGUAAACGUUUUCUAUAUCGGAUUCGAUUGUAUAUAUUCAUAGCAUAUAGCGACGGCGUUCCUAUAUUUUUUUCCCUCAUACGCCUUUAUAUAAGAACAUACUAGCCACAACAUUAGAUUCUACACCGUCACAUUAUAUGUUUCGCCAAAUAAGACAAUUGCAGUCACUUGUUAACCUUCUAAAUUUGAUUUUUAACUAUGGACACCAAGUAGAACCUGCCAGCCAGCUUUUUUUGUUCUACCCAGCAGAUCCUCUAAAAUGAUGCCCCGU